UCAAGUAAUGGUGCGGAUAUAUAUAUAACAGAAUAGCCAUUACCAUCAAAGCAAUCUCUUUUUUCUCAUACGUUUAUCUUUCACAAACGCAAAUGAGCUUGCUGAUUCUUGUCAUCCCCUCACUUACUAUAUGCACUCUUUUCUACCUUUACUACAAAUUCAUAACAAUCCCGUCGAAGAUCCAACAUCAUUUUAGGCAACAAGGCAUCAGAGGACCAAACUACAACCCUUUCACCGGCAACUCUGGCGAACUCCAACGCCUGCUCGUAACGGCUGAUGACAAACCCUUAUCAAAGUUGGAAUCUUUGAACAAUGAUCAAGUGCUACGAAAUGUAUUGCCACACUACUACUUUUGGUCCAAGGUGUAUGGCGAGCAGUUUUUGUAUUGGUUUGGGAACAAGCCCAGGUUAGCCGUAGCCAACCCGGAUAUGAUUAAAGAAAUCUUGUUGAAUACCAGUGGCUCGUUUCGGAAAGCCAGAGUUAACCCGUUGGUUAAGGGUUUGUUCGGGGAAGGGAUCGUGUAUCUUGAAGGAGAUCAAUGGGCUGUCCACAGAAAGAUCACUAGCCAAGCGUUUAACAUGGAAAGGGUUAAGGAGUUGGUCCCAGAAAUUGUGGCUAGUGCUAAGAGUCUACUGGAUGAAAUAGAAGUCAAAAUAACUGAUGAAAAUUUUGUUGAAUUGGACGUAUAUAAGGAGUUCAACAACCUCUCGGCUGAUGUAAUAUCGAGAACUGCAUUCGGAAGCAAUUUUGAAGAAGGAAAGGGUAUCUUUGAGUUACAAGAUCAACUUGUUAGGAUUGCGUCGGAUGCUAUAAACAGUGUUUACUUCCCUGGAUUCAAGUACAUGCCAACUAAGAAAAACAGGUUAAGUUGGGACCUUCAACGGGCAACAAAAGAGAUGAUAAUUAAGAUUAUUGAGAAGAAUAAUAAAACGAAUGAAAAUCCCAAAGCGUUGCUUUCGUUGUUAACGACUCCUUACAAGACAAAGGGAAACGUCGAAAAGAGACUCAGUCUCGAAGAGAUCAUAGACGAAUGCAAAACGUUUUACUUUGCUGGGAAAGAAUCAACAGCCAAUCUUCUAACUUGGGCUUUUAUUCUUCUUGGAUGGAACCAAGAAUGGCAGACUAGGGCUCGUGAAGAAGUGGUUAGGGUUUGUGGGCAUGAUGAGCUUCCAUCGGUUGAGCAUCUAGCCAACUUCAAGAUGAUUAACAUGAUACUAAAUGAAGCACUUAGACUCUACCCCGCAGCACCAAUAUCUUUGAGGGAAACCACAAAUAAUGUGAAGAUAGGUGGCCUUCAAAUUCCAGCCAAAACACAACUCUUCAUUGCCAUGGCUGCCAUCCAUUAUGACCCUAAGAUUUGGGGAGACGAUGCAAAGCUAUUUAACCCUAUGCGGUUUAUAGAGCCCAAAAAACACUUGGCCACUUACUUCCCUUUUGGUUUAGGACCUCGGAUUUGUGUUGGCCAAAACCUAGCCAUCGUUGAAGCUAAAAUCGUCCUUGCUAUGAUCGUUAGGAAAUAUAACUUUGUAGUAUCACCCUCAUAUGUCCACGCUCCAGUGCAGGUACUAACAGUUUGUCCCAAAUACGGUGCCCCAAUGAUCUUGCGUAGGGUAUCAAGUUGACACUAGAUAUAUCAAAUGUUGAUUGCUUGAUCGAAUGCUUGGGAAAGUAAAAUUCUGUGAAGUAUACACCAUUUUCUUACAUGGUUUGUAAUAUAUAGAUAGACUAAAUAAUGAACCGUGUGUUACACGAAGUUCGGUACUAAAAAAUCUAAAAUUAAGGCAAAUUUGUGAUAAACAAUAAAUAUUAUAUUUGAUAAUGUUUCAUUUACACCUUAAGUAUUAAUUUUAUAUCCACAAUUUAGAUAUGUA